AUGAACUACUAUCAUAAAAAUAAGGCUCCAACAAACAAAUCACCAGAAGCACUCAUAUCUAAUCAAACAACUUCUACUGAUAACAUUGACUCAUCCAUCUACAAUCUAUUUAAUAAUCAAACUCUAACAAAAUCUGAUAAUUCUAACUCUUCUAUUCUUAACACAA